UGAUUUCAUAUUGAACUACAGGUGUCUCUGGUUCCCUGCUGAAGUUCUGUCCUGAAAACUGCUUAAGUCAAUUUUCUCUUAGAGGAAUUUUGUUGCUGCUGUGUUAUGAAGAUGAUUGCAACACCUUUGAAACAUCCAGGAAUUCACCCGUCUGCAGAGAUGUCUUCUCAGAGGAGAAAUCUGUCCCUGGAUGCAGUCUUUCUUGAUAGCAUUCCUUCAGGCACACUUACUCCUAUAAAAGAUUUGCUGAAAUAUCAGAACUCCUCUUUAAAAUUGAAUGACUUUAAAAAGAAGCAGUUCGUAGAUAUGACAGCUUUUAACAAUAAAAAUAUAUUUCAAUCUACCAUGCUAGUAGAGGCUACUACCUCCAACAAGUCUCUUGAUAUCAGUGCUAUAAAGCCCAAUAAGGAUGGAUUAAAAAAUAAAGCAAACUAUGAAUCACCAGGAAAAAUAUUUCAAAGAAUGAAAGAAAAAGUACUGUGUGACAAGCAAGAACAAGCAUCAAGAAAUAGUAGUUUAUUAGAACCACAGAGAAAUGAAAGUAAUAAAAUCUUCUUCACUCCUAACAAAGCUGAGAAAAAAUUAUUGCAGCAUACCUACCUCUGUGAAGAAAAGGAAAACAACAAUUCAUUCCAAUCAUCUAACAGUUCAUUGAAAGAAAAUAGAACCUCAGUCUCGGUCCAGGGUGUUCCUCUAGAAUCAACAAAUAAUUUCCUUCUGGACAAACACGAGACUCAGUGCCCACAGGAAAACAAAGCACCACUGCACAAUUUAACUUAUGAACUUCCAAUUCUAAACCAACAACAAGAACAUUUUUCGGCUAAAGGAGCCUCAAACAAGACAUUAACUAGAGCUCAGUUGGCUAAACAGAUUCUUCAUUCCAAAGAGAACAUAAUUGCAACCACUAAGUCCAAAAAGAGCAUGUUUGUUUCAGAAAGCAUUGAUUCUGCCGAUGAAAAAUUCCAAAAUACUAACGUUGAGACUCUCAGUCUCAGUUUUGUUCCCAUUAAAAAUGACAGUCAACUAAUGGUUUCCAGUAGCAAGAUGACAACAGAAAUGUCUUCACAACAGGAAAUUAAAGAAGGAAAUGAAAAAACAGUAUCCAUAGAGAAUAGUAGUCCAGGUUUCUUGGAAGAUACAUGUAAAAUUGUACUGGCAACGCCAAGACUUCAUAUAAAAAUACCUCGAAGGUCACAAAGAAAUGUUUCAAAGCUUUCCCCUCCAGGUGUAUUUCAAACUGCUACAAAUGGAGUUAAAAAAAAUAAGGUCAUCCAGCUACAGGAAUGGAUGAUUAAAAUCAUCAACGAUGAUACAGCUAUAUGUGUAGAAGGAAAACUGAUAGACGUCACUAACAUAUAUUGGCACAGCAAUGUAAUUGUAGAGCGGAUUGAGCACAACAAAGUUAGGACUAAAACAGGCAACAUUUAUAUGUUGAAAGGAAUGAUAGACCGGGUUUCCAUGAAAGAAGCAGGAUAUCCAAAUUAUCUUAUAAGGAAAUUUAUGUUUGGAUUUCCAGAAAAUUGGAAAGAGCACAUUGAUAAUUUUCUAGAACAAUUAAGAGCUGAUGCAAAGAACAGAAAAAAAAGGCCAGCCAAAAACAGAAAACUGGAAGAUGUGUCUCUAAUAUACAAAAAUCAAAGAAAAAUAAUGCAAAAACAAACAGAUGUUCUCCAAAAGGCCAUCACCACUUAUGACCUUGAUAGCGAUGACUUGGAACUGAAGAAUAAUAAGCACAGUGGGUUGCCUGGAGCUACAGAAUUAAAUGGCUGCCAUACUAAGUGCCAAAAUAAACUACCAUUAAGGCUCCCAGAUGACCAAAUAAAUAAAGCUAUGCAAAAUGGAGGAGGAGAUGACUUAUCUAAUCAGGAAUUCAUUAGAAAAAAAGAAGUAAAACAUUUGUGUACAAAGAAACUAAAAAAUUGUGGAAGAACAAAUGAAAGGAUAAUUGAAAGUCAGAAACAAGAAAUUAAAGAAAGAACUGAAGAAUUGGAUGUACCCAUUGAUAUUCUAACCUCAAGGAAACAGUUUUUCACAGAUGAAGAAAGAAAAGACAUAGCUGUCAAUCAGAAGGAAGCUUAUAUUUUAGUAACACCACUUCAUUCUAGAAAACUGAUAAAGGAAAGAUGCAUGAAGUAUAAUCUCUCUGCCAGCACAAUUAAAGCAGUUACAGAUCUUAUAGUGCCAAGGCAUCAAAAAAAAUAUCCCAUUAGUAAGUUCUCACGGACUUUAGAAAAUACAUUUGAGUAUAGUGUAGGUCAUCAAAGUAAAAGCGAGGAAGAUUACAGUGAAUGUGAUUUGCUCACUAACAAUCAGAAAAUAGAAAUACCUAGCCCUAAAAAGGAGCAGAUGGUCACCUCUGACUUUAAGAAAAAUAUCAAGAUGUUACCACAAUCAAAGAAAAUCAAAACUCAAGUAGGGAUGCCAUCUUACGAGCAUCAGUCUUCAUCAGGUUUGUCAAGUGAAGAGAGCGAGACAGAAAAGGAGAUUAGAAGGAAAGCUGCUGCUGCUAAGAGCUCCAGGGCAAGAGAUACCAAAGAAACGGGGGUUCACCUGAGAAAAAGCACCAGAAAUACCACAAAGAGUAUCCCAGUGAUUUCAGAGUCUGAAACCGAAGAAAGUGAAGAUGAAUUUUAUAUCAAACAAAAGAAAGCUAGAUGUUCUACGAAAGAAAAUCUUCCAAAACCUAGUGGUAGGAAUUCUUUACCAAUUGUUGAGGUGAUGGUAUCUGAUAAGACUAAUACCCAUCCCUCCAAGUGCUUACCUGAUUUAAUUCAAGACGAGGAAUGGAAUGAGACUGAAUUACAGAAACUUCACUGUGCUCUUGCAUCUUUUCCAAAGCACAAACCUGGUUUCUGGUCUGAUGUGGCUAUGGCAGUAGGUUCUAGAUCUGCUCAGGAAUGCCAGAAGAAAUAUAUGGAAAAUCCCCGAGGAAAAAGAUCCCAGAAGCAUGUCACUAAGAAAAAGCCAGCCAAUUCCCAAGGCCAAAAUGGCAAGAGAGGUGAUGCUGAUAAGCAAACUACGAAGAUAACUGCCAAAAUGGGAACUCUGAAGAGGAAGCAACAAAUGAGAGAUUUCCUGGAACAGUUGCCAAAAGAUGAUCAUGAUGAUUUUUUCAGUACACCUUUGCAGAAUCAAAGAGUAUUGUUGCCAAGCUUUCAGGACAGUGAUGACGACGAUGAUAUUCUGCCAAAAAUGGACAAAAAUCCAACAACUCCAUCAUCAGUUAUCUUUCCAUUGGCAAAAACUCCUCAGUGUCAGCAUGUCAGUCCUGGCAUGCUAGCCCCAAUAAAUAGGAAAGAUUGUGAUAAAUAUGUUUUUCGUAUGCAAAAAAGGCAGAAAAGUAAUGGUGGCAUUGUCUGGGGCAACAUCAAGAAGAAAAUGGUUGAAACUGAUGUCUCACCUCCAACAUCAAGAAGAAAAAAUCCAUUUAACAGAGAUUUAGCAGAAAACUCUGGUAUUGGAAAACUUUUCACUAAUGCUAUGGAAUCUUUAGAUGAAGAAGAGAAAGAUUAUUAUUUUUCAAACUCUGAUUCUGCAUAGUAAAAAUGAGAAAAUACAACUUCCCAAGGA